AGUUGUAAUGAGACCCUUGAAAAGAUCAGACGCGUCGCGAACUUCGACAGUGAUAAAAUUGAGAGAAAUUGAAUAAAAUCAAGAACAAACACUUGACGAUUUGAAUCAUCUUUGAUUGCUGUUCGUUUGAGCUCGGACAUGUGAGCGAACUUAUUAGAAUUGUGACGCUAAGAAAAAUUGACAGCAAGCAAAACGUCGUGAAAUGCGACACAAAAAGAUUCAUUGAAGACAAUAAAUCUUUCGAACGAACUAAAAUAAUUUUCCCGAAGGAAAAUCGUCUUUGACAUCCGGUGCUUGCUUAGACAGUUUUCAUGUCGAUUCGAAAUAACAAAUUAUCGGUGCCAAAAUAUUGAAAAGUUUGAUCAACAAACAUAAAAAUUUGUGAACAUCACUAAAGUGAAAGAAAAGUUGAGUCGACUCCGUUUGAUUUCCGAUUAACUACGUGACGUGAUUUCUGUGUUUGCUAGGCUUAGCUUUGUUUACUUGGAUUAGCUUUGUUUGCAUAUGAACGCAGAAUAACGACAACGACGAAGUUGACAAAGACGACGAAGAAAGACUUUAAUUAUUUAUGCAAAAGUGAUAGAUAAACGAAAAGUGCAGUUUAUGGUCAACGAAUUAUGAAUUUUAUUUGAUUAUGCGAAGUUAAAAGAACAUGAGAAACAUCAAAAAACGCAGUUGAGUAAAUCGCACAAACUAUUUUCUGUUACAAGUCAAAUCAAUGUAAACACAAACAUGGAUUAUUGUGAGAAAUGUUCGAGAAACGAGAAUAUCAUAUCGAAAAUGGAUUCAAAUGACCACCAACAAAGCUCUCGGAGUUUCAACAAUUAUCAUCGGACACAAAUCUGCAAAUCAUCCAACAAUCGACACCACUUUUUAAGCUUUAAAAUGAACUUUGCAACCUCGUCACUACUUCUAGUAUUAUUAGCAACAAUAAUUCAAUUAAGUUCAGCAUCGUCGCCAUGUUUACAUCGCGAGUAUUGGGACAUGGAAAUGGAUCAAUGUGUGCCAUGUUCCAAGUGCAAUAAACAUCAGAUUGUCAUUCGACCAUGUCAACGACACAUGGAUACAGUCUGCAAGCCAUUGAAUUCCAUCGAGAUUGAUUGGAGUAAAUCUUUUGCUUCUGAGAAGCCAACAACUCAUUUCCAGUCAUCACAACUUGACAAUUUGUCAUCGAAAUCUCACAAAAGUGCAAGCCAACUGAGUGAAGAAGAGAUGAUUUGGGAUUGGGAAUUGAUUUCGUUAAUUCUGGCGGUUGCUGCUUGUUUAUUGUUCUUCGUUGGCACUGCUUUCAUCUCCAUCAACUACAUCAGACAAUGGAGGAAGAUUAAGAAGCAAUUUGACACAGACAUCGAAGGAUUAUCGCAGCAACUUAUGGCGCGUCUUGCAAUGCCACCUCUUGAAACAUCAACGAUCUUCAUCGAUGAUCCGUCCACUAAACGUAGCGCUCUAGGACCGAGACAAAUCGAAGUACGUUGUGUUUAUUUUGAAGAUAUUUUAGAUGGAAAGGAAUGCUUAAAAAACCCACAGGAGUCACACAAGGCGAUUGUGUCAAAAGGUCCAAACGGAAAUGUUUACAUCAAAGAUCACGAGAAACAGCAGCAUCAUGUAAGCUCAGGGCACAAGCCCGUUUAAAACGAAAGCAGUUGUUUUACUUAAUUACUUUUAAAAACCAAAUAUGAUAUAUGCGAAGAAGAAGCAAACGUGAAAUAUAAUGAGAUCCAUCAUCUGCUUCUAAUCCUAACAGAAACUUAGUUGAUCAUGAACCAGAUGGUUGUGUAAAUGUAAUUACUUGUACAAAUAAUCUGAUUCUUGUAAACUUCGAGAGUCGUGAAAAUAAUUAAGAGAAACCUACAGAUAGAAAGUUUAUAACUUUCGAAUGUUUAUUGGACCUUAUCUGAAAUUCAGGAUUGUAAUUUAAUCAUUCUUUAAUAAUCAUAACAUAAAACUAUAAUCACGUUGAUGAUUGACAUACCUAAUGUUGUUGAAUGAAAAUAUUUUAAUUAUUUAAGUAAAAACAUGUAAAUAAAGAAGAGAAUAAAAUCAUUGAAAGUUGAUGAA